AUGGCGCAGCUCGAGGCCAUGGUCAUGGCCCGCGAGGGCGUCACCGUCGGCGCCCAGCGGCUCUUCUUCGCCGGCGACGGCCUCACCGUAGUCGCGCACUACGGCGUGCGCCAAGGCUCCGUCGUCUUCCUCAGCCUCCAACUCCGCGCCGACGACGACGCCUCGCAGCAGGAGAUGCGUAGCGUGCAAACGCGGCCAGAGCAACCAGUCACGACCGUGAGCCAACUACUGAUGAUUGACCAGCAGCUGAUGACGCGCUUCGAAGAGGGCGGCGGCGGCGGCGAGGAGGCCGUCAAGACCACGAGGCCGCCGGUGUCGCGGCGGUCGCUGUGCAAGAUCCUGUCGCGGCUGCACGUUGACGUGUGGACGGCCCAGCACGACGCAAAGUUCCUGGACUUGUUGCUGCUACGCGGCAUGCGCGGCGGCGCCGGCGUGGGCGAUCUCACCGCGGACGACUGGUCAUCGGCCAUCCGCACCGAGCUCAACGCAGCCACCGGGUCCGCGUUCCCCGUCGAGGACCUGCAGCGGCGGCUGGCCGAGCUCCGGCGCGAGUUCGAUGCCGUCAGCCGGAUCAAGGACCACCCGCGGUUCACCUACGACGCACCGCCGGGUCGUCGUCGCCAAGGAGGCCGAGUGGAAGCGGAGAACCCGGAUGCGGUGGCGUACGAGGGGAGAAGCACGCACUUCGGUCGCCUCCAGGCGAUCAGAACCGGCGGUGGCGUGGUAGAGAAGCGCGGGAACGGCGGGCUCAUGCGCCGCGAGUCGCGGGCCAAGAGAUGCCUUGGUCUCCGGUGCAAUCUGUGA